AAAAUAAGUAAAUAAACAACAUUUAUCUAUCCAAUUGUUAUAUGAAAUGGAAGAUGAUUGGGAUAUUGAAUGUUCAGAUGAUGAGCUUAAGGAUUGCAAAGGUCCAUGGGAACCCAAACCUGAAGAAAUAGAUCGGUUAUACACUUUAUUGGACAAUGGAGAAAUACAAGAAUUAUUCUGGAAAUGUCCUGGAUAUCGUUCCCCUUCUCCAGAAUUUACGGAAGAACCGGAUCAAGAAGACGAAAGUAAAGAGUCUGAAGAACCAACUGAUUUUGAUUUUAUGGAUGAAGUGUCAUCACCUAAAUUAAAAAUACGGAAUAAGGGAGAGGAAACACUUAAAGGAAGCGCCAAAAAGAAAACAACUUCUCUGGAUAGUGUUUUAAAUAAUAUGAGGAGACAUAAUUUAUUGCCAAAUAAAAAUAAAUCAUAAGAAUUUUGCACUUUUAAUACAAUAAUAUAGUUGAUAUUUGUCAGUUAUUUAAGGUAUAUUUCCAAUUAUUUAUUCUUAAUCAAAUCACAUUAUAUUUAUUAUUAUAGUAUAUUAAC